AUGCCGAGAGAUCUCAGCAGCGCAAACGUUCAUCCAGCUGUGGCAAGGUACUUGGCUGCUGGCGGCCGCCGUGUUGCCACAGCACCAGGCUAUGGCAAUGAGCAAGCUGUGGGAGAAGGCAUUCGAGACUCUGGCGUUCCGAGGGAGCAGAUAUGGGUCACAACAGCUUUGGAUCCUCCCAUUGUCAUGCCGCGGAAUCCACGGCAAUGGGUCGCGGGACAAGUAGAUGCAAGUCUCCAUCGGCUGAAUGUCACUUACGUCGAUGACAUGUAUCUCCAUUGGGGUGUUGAGCAAGUCUACAAAACGAAGCCCGACGUAGCGAACGUGACGGAGGAACAAAACUUGGAGCUGUACUGGGGUCUCAUUGAUGCUCAAAGAGCUGGAAAAGUCCGGCACAUUGGUGUUGGGCUCCACACGCAGAAGGAAAUCGAGUACCUGAUAAACUCCACAGGAGUCAAGCCAGACAUCAUGCAUGGAUGGAUCACACCUUUCAUGCCCAAGAAGCAGCUGGAUCUGGCAAAAUGGGCUAUGAGCCAGGGCAUGGCGACAUCUGCUUGGGGCCCCUACAAUUGGCAGAAUCUGGAUGAUCCGGAACAACUUGGAGCGCACAGAUCAAUUACCAGCGAGCUCGCCAAUAAGUACAAUGCAACUGUUUUUCAGGUCAUCGCCCGGUGGUACUUAGACCAGGGCAUUGCCAUGGCGACCAGCAUGUUGAAACCGUCCUACGUUGAAGAAGACUUGCAUUGCCUCCGAACUCCCCUGAGCGCUGAAGACACUGCGCUCUUGGAAAGUGUCAAGUGGGGCUGCCAUCAGACAGAUGCAGUUCAGCCACUGCCAGGAUGUGCCGACGACUAG